AUGGCGACCGUCAAUCAAAAUAUGUUCGGAGCGAGCAUAACUCAACCUCCUGGCGGUCCCCAGCUGAUGGUUCUACCGUUGAACCUCAUCGCCGAGAUUGUGUCACAUGUCGACGACACGGGUGAUCUGUCCCGGCUCGUUAGGACUUGUCGAGUCCUCAAUUAUAUGGCGUUGCCGCAGCUAUACCGCAAUCUAACGCUGACAUCCUACGACAAAAUUCGUUAUCGUGGCGAACAACCAGAAGGAAUCGGAAGCGCCAGUCCCUUCACGAUGGGGUUGAAUGCAAUUAUUACCCGAUCUUAUGCGCCACUGGUACAAUCGAUCACACUGCGAGGGGAAUGGAAGGAACACGAGCUGGAGGAGCAUGCCCGAGUCGGCCGUGUCCCCGACGGAUCAAUGUUGUUGAACAUUGCCGCCCGCGCCGCUGUAGAUCGCAUGACAAAUUUGGAAUGUUUCCAUUGGGAACUGAACACCAAGAUGCUCGACACGGUUUUUAUAGGGCUGACACAGCUGCCGAAGCUUACUUCCCUGACUAUCCGGUUCCCCUCCACCCGUCAUCCGCAGCCCACUUUUGUGAUUCCGGGCAUGCCGCAUUUGCGGUGUUUGAAAAUCACCGAUAUCGACCCACUAUGCUACCCCGAUGAUAUCGCAACUCUUCUUUGUAACAGUAGGAAACUGCGUGAAUUAAAAUUACAUUGGUCGCCACGGAUGCGAGAUGCACAUGAGUCUAGUGUCUCUCUGCAUGAUUACUUCCGCAAGCUGAUCGCAAGCAAGCAGAAACUGGCAGUCAGGAAGAUCUCGUUCCAGAAUUUGUACGCCUUCCACAAUGAUGACUUUAACCUCGCUUUUGAUCCGACUACCGUUGAAGAUGUCACAUUUCUCAGUGGUGUUGAGAACUCUAGUUUGGUCAACACAUUCAUCGAGAGCAGUUGGCCGACAGUCCCGCCACAUGCCAGGCUGCGCAUAAAAUCUGUUCGAAUUGAUACAGUGUCAAAACGAAAUUCCGAAUUUAUAGGGAAUUUUACUGGACUCGAGCGGCUGUAUUUUGUCAAUGUCACCGCCGAAUCAAGCGACCUCCUCAAUUGCCCACGACCCGGAGGUGGGGCAUCCUCACCUGCACUCACGCCGCCAGUAUCCGAACACCAAUUGUCUGGUGCACUCAGCGGAGCCACAACAAACUCUCCUAAUACUUCUGCUUCUCCGGCUAGCCAGCUCAAUGCUACAGCUAACAUGCGAGACCUCUAUCUUUCGCACAUUACCACAAAUCAUGGCGCGACAUUGCGCCACCUCCUUCUCCCAUCUAAAUGGCCUCUCUCAACCGGGAUGGUCGCGCGACUCGUCCAUAGCUGUCCGAAUUUGGAGCAGCUCGCCCUCGCCACCGAAUUUGCCAGUCUGGACUCACUGGCUUUACUAAUACCCUUCCUCCGGAAGUUGAAAGCAAUUCGGCUUCUCAUACCGCAAACUUCCGGACAGUCCACAAAUGCUCCUGUGAAUUCUGCACUGAAAGCGAGUCCAUCCGCACGAGGACUGAGUGCGCUUGAUACGAUCAAAAUGGUGCAAGAGACAUUUGCGAAUGCCAAGACUCUUGCUGAAGUUGUGGACAUUGACGACUCGAUCCUGACCGAAAUGUUGAGUUACGACCUUGGCAACCAGCAAGUUUAUGGGAAUGUGAAGAUCAUCAGCAUGGGCUGGAAAGCCUGGGAACUAAAGGAAUUCUAUAAAUCUCCCGUCCCAUCAGACACUGAGAUCAACAAAGAGUCCCCAUCACCAACGAAUGGCCAUAAUGCAUUCCUGGAGACCACCGCAGAGAGCCCUGUUCCUACGCAAGGUACCAACGGCGUUGGACUCAGCGUACCGGAUCAGCCUGCUGUCGCCCACAAGUCACCCGAUACACAAACAACACAUAUCUCUUCGUGGACGCAUCAAUCUGGAACAAGACCCGGCCUACCAUCGACAUUAGGGAAGCGAUCACGCGACCAAGAUGAUAGCGAAACACCUAGACCGCCACCCAGUUGCCCGCCGACCUUCAAUAGGCGCGAAGACUGUGAGGAUGCUGCGCCCUUCUAUCCCGGCUGUUACCCGUACACUCUGUCUGAGGAUGGUUUCGUGUGGAGACGGCGUGCGCGACGGGUAGGGUGGGAGGCUUUGCGACAUUGGGAGAUUUGGGCCUUGGAUGCACAGGAGAUCUGA